GGGACGCGUGCUGCAGCACUGCUGCGGGCAGCCCGUCACGCUGCGAGAUGACGGGGCCAGCCCCAGCGCUGACGUAGGCCGGGAUGAGCCGAUCGAUAGCAAAGUUUUUAAUCCCGCCGUCUGCAGCCCUGGCCACAGCUCCCCCGCGGCUGCUGGGAGCGGUGAGGCCCCGGCGGGUCCCCUGGGUGCCGUGGGACGCGCCGGUGGCCUCGGGCACGCUGCCGGGACCGCUGGCAGGGCACGGCCGCGCUCGGCAUGGGGCUCCGGCUGCGCAGGAGCGCCAGCUUCACCCCCGACCACCCUGCCCUCCUGGAGGUGCCUGGCCCCGCAGCCCUGAAAGCAGAAGCGAACGUGCUCGUGAUGGGAGCGGACAGCGUGGGGAAAUCAGCCCUGACUGUGCGUUUCCUCACCAGGCGCUUUAUCGGGGAGUACGGAGACAUGGAAUUCAUCUACAGCCACACCCUGACUGUGGACGGCCGAGAGAUUCUCUUCCACAUCUGGGACGUCCCCAACUCCCAGGACCAGGCAGAUGAAGGCUCCUCGGAGGAGAAGCGAAUCCAGUGGGCAGACAGCUUUGUCCUGGUCUACAGCAUCUGCGACCGUGCCAGCUUCAACAUCCUGCCCCCCAAAAUCCAGUUCAUCAAGGCAGCCAAGGAGGGGCAGAGCCAGGAGAAGGUGCCCAUCGUCAUCGUGGGCAACAAACGGGACCUGCACCACCAACGGGUGGUGUCCAGCGAGGAGGGACGGCUCCUGGCUCUCUCUCUGGACUGUGGGUUCUACGAGGUCUCUGCGGCUGAGGCAUAUCAUGGGGCCCUCAUGGUCUUCCACGGACUGGCCGAGCGUAUCCCCGACACCAAACUGGCCCUGAAAAAGGGUACCGGCAUCCGGGGCAUCGUCAAGACCAUGUCAGCGGUGUUUGCCCGCAAGCGAACGGACUCCCUCUGAGCCGUGGCCUGAGCAUUGCUCCUCUGUGUGCUGCCUGGCUGGACGGAGCCUCCCCCAGGUGCCCGUGGAGAUGGGGUGCGUUUCCACGAGCACGGUGGUUUCCUCGAUUACCUCCGAGCCUCAGGAUCUGGGUCUCCUGCCGCAUGUGGCUGGCGCAGCCAAGGGUCUUCCCCUGCUAAAUCCUGGCGAGCUCUUGGCUCUGUGGUGGCUUUGGGGCACAGUCUCGGCUCUUUGCCAUACCAGCUUUUUAGGUGCCCCCUGCAUUCUCUGUCUGCCUCUGCAGGUAAUUCCUGCUGCUCCAGGCAGUGCCAUCCCCAGCUCCUUCUUUGGGAAGCUGCCCGGGUGAGCAGGGAGGACACGCCACCUCCGCCCCGCUCUGUGUCCCCAAGCUGUCACCUUGGCAUCCUGCUGCUGACCCCAGAGGACAUCAGGCAGGGUCCUUGACCCUCCCGUCCCAUCCUCCUUCUCUCUGUGACUCCAGGCAGAGCUGCGCUGGUGACCUGCUCCUCCCGCCCGCAGCCUUUUGGUGGCUGUGGACAUUUCCCUUGUGCAAGUGGCGCGCGGACUGUGCAUGGGAAAGUCAGGCGCCGGGCUCGUUCCCAGGAUGUGGGAUUGUACCGUGCGUCUCGUAAACCCAGACCUCUGUGAGCCUGCGGGUCCCCGGGGAGGAAGGGAGGUGGGGAGGAGGGCAGGGGAGGCUUUUCCCCUUCCCUGGUGUGCCUGGGAAAGCAGUGUGUAGGAAGGGGGUGGUGUGUGCGGUACAGACAGUGAUUUCUCUGCUCUGUUCUCCUCUAAAUGGAAUAAAUCUUCUUUGGCAGG